GGCGUGGUCUGAGCGGGGGCGUGGCAAGACGGAACGGGCGUGGUCAAAUCAGGGCGUUGAUAUCCGGGAGGGGCGUGGUCUGGCCGGCGGGGGCGUGGUGUCACGUAGCCCCGCCCCGACCGGCAGCGCGCAGAGCGGCGGUUCGAGUCCCGGUCCGGCGCUGACCCGGCGGUGCCCCGAGGAGCGUGGAGGCCUCGAUGCGGAUCAGGAGCUGAGCGGGCAUGGAACUGCGGGCGGCGGCGGCGCUGUGGGUGCUGUGCGGCUUCCUUCUGCAACCGGGCCGGGCCGAGCGGCCGCCGGGUUCCCACCUGGACGAGACGGCCAUCGCAGCAGAGUUCUGCCGCAUCGACAAGCCGCUGUGCCACGAUGAGGAUGAGCAGCUCAGCUUUGAGGCCGUCCGCAACAUCCACAAGCAGAUGGACGACGAUGCCAACGGCAAUGUGGACGUGGAGGAAAGUGAUGAGUUCUUGAGAGAAGACCUGAACUACCACGACCCCACCGUCAAGCACAGCACCUUCCAUGGUGAAGACAAACUCAUCAGCGUGGAGGAUCUUUGGAAGGCCUGGAAGACCUCUGAAGUGUACAACUGGACAGUCGACGAGGUGGUGCAGUGGCUCAUUACCUACGUGGAGCUGCCACAGUACGAGGAGACCUUCAGAAAGCUGCAGCUGAGUGGACAUGCCAUGCCCAGAUUAGCAGUGAACAAUGCCACCAUGAUGGGGACUGUCCUGAAGAUGACAGACCGCAGCCAUAGGCAGAAGCUGCAGCUGAAGGCUUUGGACACUGUGCUCUUUGGUCCUCCCCUCUUGACACGCCACAACCACCUGAAGGACUUCAUGCUGGUGGUGUCCAUCGUCAUCGGGGUGGGCGGCUGCUGGUUUGCCUACAUCCAGAACCGUUACUCCAAGGAGCACAUGAAGAAGAUGAUGAAGGACCUGGAGGGCCUCCACAGGGCUGAGCAGUCCCUCCACGACCUGCAGGAGAGGCUGCAGAAGGCCCAGGAAGAGCAUCGCUCCGUGGAGGUGGAAAAGGUGCACCUGGAGAAGAAGCUGCAGGACGAGAUCAGCAUCGCCAAGCAGGAGGCGCAUCGGCUGCGAGAGCUGCGGGAGGGCACUGAGAAUGAGCUGAGCAGGCAGAAGUAUGCAGAGCAGGAGCUGGAGCAGGUCCGAAUGGCUCUGAAGAACGCCGAGAAGGAGCUGGAAUCACACUGCAGCUGGGCUGCCCCCGAGGCCCUGCAGAAGUGGCUGCAGCUGACCCACGAGGUGGAGGUGCAGUACUACAACAUCAAGAAGCAGAACGCGGAAAAGCAGCUCCUGGUGGCCAAGGAAGGGGCUGAAAAAAUUAAGAAGAAGCGCAACACUCUGUUUGGAACAUUUCAUGUUGCUCACAGCUCGUCUCUAGAUGACGUGGAUCAUAAAAUCUUAACUGCAAAGCAGGCACUGAGCGAGGUGACGGCAGCGCUGCGUGAGCGCCUGCAUCGCUGGCAGCAGAUCGAGCUGCUCUGCGGCUUCCAGAUCGUCAACAACCCCGGCAUCCACACGUUGGCAUCCGCCCUCAACAUCGACCCGGGUUGGAUGGGCACCCCGAGGCCCAACCCGUCCCACUUCAUCAUGACCGACGACGUGGACGACCUGGAUGAGGAGAUCGUGUCUCCCAUGUCCAUGCAAUACGCAGCCUGGCUCUUUGGGCGCAGGUUCAGCGAUCGCUCGUCUCUGUCCUCGGAGGAUCAGUCCCUGUGGAAAUACCCUGCUCCUGCUUUGCCCAGCACCGUUCGCCAGCGCCUGGUGGACCCCCAGCACGGCCACGGAUCUCAGAGGUUGGUAGAGAGUUAUGUGCACAGCCAGCAUGAGCCGGGCCAGCCUGCCCAGCACCCGGCGGGCCGAAUGCCCCUCCGUCGAAUGCACAGCCUCUCCUCCGGACAGCCUUUCAGUUCUGACCUUCCUGGCACCGCUCCGUCAUCCACCACAGCCACCUCUUGCUCCUCAUCCGCCACUCCUGCACCUGCUUCCCAUGUCCACCCUCUCUAUCACCAUCACACCACCUCUUAUUUCCUUCAGAUGGACUCCAACCCCGAUCUGCCCCCUCCUGAUGUCACCUCUGGAGCUCGCUGUGGCACUGAGAGCUUUGGAGACCUGACGCGCUGCGACUCCGAGUCGUCCAUCCCGCACCUGAGCGAAGCCCAGCGCCUGCCCAGCGCUGCUCCCAAGCUGCUGGCCGCCCGGCCCGCUCUGCUCACCCGAUCCAUCGAGGAUGCCGGAUCCGGGCACACCCCAAACGGAGGCAGCCGACACGCGGAGCCCCCCGGCCCGGAGCGACCGUCCGAGAGCCCCUCGGUGAUGAAGAAGAUGAUGAUGGUGAACCACGGCAUGGAGAAAUCCUCCAGCCUGGGGGAGAUCGGCCACCCGGCGGCCUCCAAGCACAGCCACUCGGAUUCCUCGCGGUCGCACAGCCCCAGCUCCACCGACCCCGACACCCCGUCCCCCAUCUCUGACUGCCGGCCCAACAGCUCCAAGAGCACCCGCAUCCCGCAGCUGGCUGCCAAGAAGGGCGCAGGGGAUGAGGACGGCAGCCUGACGGGCGACGAGAUCGACCCGGGCCAGAGCAAGAAAAAGUUCCCCCUAAAGAUCUUCAAGAAGCCCAGGAAAUAGAGGGGGAGGGCGGAGGAACCCCACGGAGCGACCCGCUGGCACCGGGGGAGCGCGCCCGGCCCCGGGCAUUGGGAACCGCGUCCCCGCGGCGAGAGGAGCUAUUUAAACUUAUUUAUUGGCCGGGCUGAGAAGCCAGAAGGCAUCUGCACCCCCCGAAGGCGACAGCCGCCCUGUCUCACCCCCCCUCCCCGUCGCUGUAGUCCCCGGCUUUGCUGUGCAUGGCUUCCAGUUAUCCGCCUCCGCUCGGCCACACGGCGUAUUUGGGUUUGGUUUCAAUGAGCUUUUAUUUGUAUUUUUCUAUUUUGUACCUUUUUGUUUUUUUCGGUUCUUCUGCCUCCGCCGCCCUGCGCACAGUCGGGGCGCUGGGGGUCGGGGAGGGGCAGGUUGGGGGGAUGGAUGCCCUCCUGGCUCCCGAUGGGCAGAGCACUCUGAGCCCCCUCCCCGUGGUGCUGCGCUGCCCAGCAGCGUUAUCCCGCUCGCACCCCAGCAGUGCUGCCCGCUGGGGUCACCGGGGAUGGAGCUGGGGCUCAGCAGCCGCCCGUUGCUCCGUCUGCCUGCCUGGAGAGGGCCGGGUUGGGCUCAGCUUCAAGGCUGGGGACGGCGCAGAUGGAUGGCCGCACCGUGGGGUGGGCUGUGUGCCCCACAUACGGGGUGAGCGGAGGCCCAGCAGGUCCUGAGGCUGCUGGAGCUGCUGUGCUCAGGGCUGAUCUCUGCUCUGUUGCUCACUGCCCUGCCCGGCCCCCCGCACAGCACCGCUAUGGGGGGCGGCUGCUGCCCCGAGGCCGACCCAGAGCACAGAGGUGAGGGGAUGCCGGCAGCCUCUGGGGCCGUGCUUUGUGCCAGAGUGACACGUCCACAUCCAUCGCCAAGACGGGAAGGGCUGUAAAGGUGUUUUUUCGUUCCGUAGGUGGUAGUUAGACAAUGAGCUGUUGCUUUAAGUGAAAAUUUCCUCUCAAUGACUUUUAAGUGCCUGCAGUGCCCAAGGCUGCGCUCCGGGCGCUGCUCCCGGAGGUGGGGGGGGGGGGGGUCGAAGAUCCACGGAGCGGAACUGGUGGUGACGCCUCUGCCAACUCGAUUUAUUUUAUUUUUGGGCCAUUUCAUAAAACUUUUAAAUCCAAUAAAGCAUGUAGUCUAUUUUA